UAUAUUAUAUUAUAUAGAAUGGGAAUUGCAAAGAUUUACUUGUUGGCUUACAACUCUGUUCAGUUUGCUGGAUGGUCUUAUAUAUUGGCCUUGCUAGCUAUGCAUGCUAAUAAUGCAGGUUGGACGAGUGAAGCGUUCAAUGGUGUCUGGGACACUGUAGGCACUUGGGUGAUCUACUUCCAAUUCGCUGCAGUGCUCGAGAUCCUCCACUCGCUGAUCGGAAUCGUCAAGACACCCGCCGCCACCACCUUUGUCCAGGUGUUCUCGCGUGUGGCCUGUGUCACCCUUGCCAUCUACGUGCCACCAGUCCACAACCACUGGGUACUCACCCUUAUGCUUGUAAGCUGGAGCAUCACCGAGGUCGUUCGUUACGCCUUCUACGCGCUCUCCCUCAUCGACGCUGUCCCAUACUUCCUCGGAUGGCUGAGAUACACAUUGUUCAUUGUACUCUACCCAAGUGGAGUGUCUGGCGAGACUGGAACCAUCAUUGUAUCUUUGCCACACGUGGAGAGCAUGCGCCUCUUCUACUUUGACAUGCCCAAUGCGAUCAACUUUGCCUUCAACACACGCUUGGUGUUGAUGAGCUCGCUGAUCUUCUACGUGUUUGGCCUUCCAUGGCUGUACACCUACAUGCUCGGACAGCGCAAGAGAUUCAUUCAGACUGGUGGCGUCAAGGCCCCAGCCAAACGCCCCUCAUCCGCAACCCAGAAGAAGACU